GUGCGAAACACGUCUGCGAAUAGAAAGGAAAGGAAUGAAAGGAAAAAAAAUUGCAAGUGCUUGACGCACAACAUGAGAAACUCGUUUAGUGUCCGCCAGUAUUCCGUGGUGAGUGGAGCGGUCAAAUAGUAUUUGGAAAAUUGUUGUCGGUUGGAAAUUAACCGGUCAAGAGGUAUCAAGUGAAAGCAGGUGUUGGGAACUGCAAUUGCACGAAUGAUUGUGUGUUGCUGAUUCAGAGUUGUUCAGGUUGUUGACGGAUUUUGGUCUUGCCAAUUGUUGACGAUGAAAACCAUCAAUGAAGAUCUGCAACGGGAGAGGGACAAUUGUACGUUUGAUCGAGAGGAGCUGACGCAGACACUCGAUGGGGGCCCAGAAAAGACUGCUGCACGCAGGGAAAGAGAGGAAUAUUUUUUGAAUGAUCCUGAACUGCGGGACAAGGUACCUGCUACGUACAAGAGUCACAAGGAGGUGUAUGAGGACGCUGUGAGGAGGGCAUGUAUUCUCCUGAAGAAGGUGCAGCAGUUGCAGGAUUUGGGAAAGGGAGAAAUCGACAUGUACUCGCAAGUGCUGGGGGGUAUGCUGGGCUCUGGAAUUUGCAAAGAUGGUAAUCCAUUAGCUCUACAUUACGUCAUGUUUAUACCGGCUAUUAUGGGCCAGGGUACCGUUGAGCAGCAGGGGUACUGGAUCUCCCGGGCAUGGGCAUGCAAUAUUAUUGGAACUUAUGCACAGACAGAGCUGGGUCAUGGAACAUUCAUCAGGGGAUUGGAAACAACAGCUGUUUAUGACCUAGAGACUAAAGAAUUCGUUCUCAAUAGCCCGACCAGGACAUCGUAUAAAUGGUGGCCCGGAGGAUUGGGACAAACAGCUAAUUAUGCCGUAGUUGUUGCUCAACUUUAUACUCAGGGAGAAUGCAGGGGCAUUCACCCUUUCAUCGUUCAAUUGAGAGAUGAAGAGACUCACGAACCGAUGCCAGGAAUAAAAAUCGGGGAAAUUGGAACGAAAUUAGGCAUGAAUGGUACAAACAAUGGUUUCCUCGGCUUCGAGAACGUCAGGAUUCCUCUUGACCACAUGCUAAUGAAGAAUUCCCAAGUACUUGAGGAUGGUACAUACGUGAAACCCAAGACUGAUAAGCUCACCUACGGAACGAUGAUGUUUGUCAGAGUGGUAUUGGUCACGGAUAUAGCGAGAUAUCUGUCCAAAGCGGUUACGAUUGCCGUUAGAUACAGUGCAGUCAGACGUCAGAGUCAAAUAAAAACAGAUGAACCGGAGUGUCAAAUCAUCGACUUUGUAACACAACAGUAUAAACUAUUUCCCCAUUUAGCCGCAUGCUUGUCAUUCUCGCUAUCUGCGGAGUAUAUCUGGCAGAUGUAUAAUAGCGUUUCUGCUGAGUUAUAUCAGGGGGAACUAGAAAGACUUCCAGAGCUGCACGCCCUGGCAUGUUGUCUGAAAGCCGUCGCUUCCUCAGACGCAGCCAAUGGAGUGGAACAACUUCGGCUGGCGUGCGGUGGGCAUGGCUACAUGACAGCGAGUAAUUUGCCAGCGACUUAUGGUCUGGUAACAGCGACAUGUACUUACGAGGGCGAGAAUACCGUAUUAUUACUGCAAACAGCUCGCUACCUGGUGAAAGCCUGGCGGCAAGCGGUGAGUGGUAACGCCCUCACGCCGACAGUCGAGUAUUUGUCGAUACUCUCGAAAGGGGGCAAACAGAGGCCCUGGAAGAACACCCUGACGUGCAUCGUCAUAGCCCAUCAGGCAGUGGCAGCUGGUAAGAUAAAACUGGCAACUGACAACAUGGAUAGGAGAAUGAGGAUGGGAGAGUGCUCUGAGGAUGCCUGGAAUCACACCAGUAUUGAGCUGGCUCAGGCUGCUGAGGCACACUGUCGAGGCUUUAUGGUAUCGAGGUUUGUCGAAUGGACCAAGUCCAGGGAGAACGUCUCGAAGGAGCUUUUGGUGGUCCUCCAGCAGCUCUGCGAGCUCUACGCGGUCUACUGGGUCAUGCAGAAGAUCGGCGACUUCCUCAGAUUCUCGUGCUUGAGGCCUGAGAAUGUACCAGUGCUUGAGAAACGUUUGCAGGAAUUGCUCGGGAGUAUUAGGGUCAAUGCUGUGGGAAUUGUUGACGCGUUCGACAUCAGCGACGAGGUUCUGGGAUCUGCACUCGGGGCUUAUGAUGGAAAUGUCUAUGAGAGACUGUUUCAGGAGGCCAUGAAGAGUCCACUUAAUCAGGAGACUGUUAACAAGUCUUUUCAUAUGUAUUUGAAACCUCUGCUUAAGAGCAAUUUGUAGGGGGUUUCAUUCCGCAGGCGGAGAGGAUCUUUGUGGAUAAGAGGAACUUGUGAAAUUCUUCGGGCGGUAUUUGUAAUUGAUUACUGCAUUAUAUUUCAGUUUAGGGAUUCCAGGAGCAAUGAUCAAUUCAUUUUGUCGGGAAUCAAUUUUUCAUUGGAGUGGAAAAAAAUGGCUUUGAGAUUUUUUCCUGAAAUCAACCCACCAGGGGAUGACCUCGUGAUAGUUGGUGGAAGAUCCAUCAAUUCAUACUAUAGUAUUCCACAGAAAAUUAAUUUUUAUUCUUGCCAAAUUUGACAAUGUCUUUUCGUCGUGAUAUUCGGCGACAAAGUCAACGUAAAAUAUUUCGUCUUAGAUUUCAUAUUCUAAUGCAAUCGAUCAUUGUGCCUUUGAUUAACGGAAUUGUAUUUUUGAUUGAGAUUUUUAAAUCGUUGAAGGUGUCUACAUUUUCUGAUUGUGAGAAGUUUCUUGAUAUUAAAAUUUAAAGCUCGUUGAAUAGAGUAGUGAGAAAUGUUUACGAUACUGUUGAUGAGAGGAUAUAUUUUGAAUAAAAUUAUGCUUUAAACGUA